AUGAUCCCCUCUACCCGUCAGUCCAUAGACAUCAUCGGUGCCAGCGUUGGCGGUCUCACGUUCGGUCUAACCCUCUUGAAAUAUGGCAUUCGACCACGAUUUUUUGAAUUCCGACCUGCCGACUAUGACUUUGGUGGCGCCGUCUCGCUCACCCCAAACGGGUUGCGCGCCUUGGACUCCCUCGACGCAUACAGUCGCAUCAAGGCCCAGGGUUACUGUUUCCAGGAGAUGACAUUUCUGACGGUUCCCGAGCUCGAGAUGACAGCCAAGUUCUAUUUUGGACACAAAGACGUGUAUGGCUACGAUGGUCUACGCAUCACGCGAAAAGUCUUGAUCCAAGAGUUGAGAGAUAUGGUGAAAGAAGCCGGCUGCGAGAUUCACUACGAAAAGAAGUUCAUUAGGGUUGUCAAGGAAGACGACGAUGGCGUCGAAUACGAGUUUGCAGACGGCACCCGAGAGACAUGUGCACUGUUGGUUGGCUCCGACGGUAUCCAUUCCAAAGUUCGGUCGUACAUCUUCCCAGACCUCGAUCCGCACUACACGGGCUUCGUGGGCCUCACAUAUAGCUUUCCGAGAGCCAACGUGCACCUGGAGGAGGGUUUCCCACUCCCCGCGUCUUUGCGUGACAAGUCGGGAAGUAACUUCAUCAUCACGCCUCAGGCUGAAGGUGGCAAAGAGAUCUUCAUUGGACGACAAUACAAGUACGAGCAGAAAGACCAUACCAAAUCAGGAUGGGAGGUAUUGACGGCGGAUAAACAAGCCAUCGUUGACAUCCUUCAGCGAGAUACCGACGCCUGGACACCACUCGUCCAGACCUUACAGGCGCAAGUCGUUUCCCCCGAGGCCGAGUUCCUGAAUGUUUGGCCAUUUUACACCAUGAAGGGCAUGGACCGCUGGCACUCACCAACGGGAAGAGUCCUCGUCAUCGGAGAUGCCGCACACGCCAUUCCGCCGCCUGCUGGACAAGGCGCAAAUCAAGCGUUGGAGGACAGUUACAGCCUCGGGAUGCUAUUGGCGAGCCUCGAUGACAAGGUGAAGUUGUUGGACAUGCUGAGGACUUGGGAGACAUACAGGAUGAAGAGAAUGGACGACGCACUACUGCUGACCACCCGGCUUAUGACCCUUAGAAUGAAGGAGGAAGAAAGGGAGAAUAUGCCCGAGGAAGUGAGAUCGACGACGUGGAAGCUUGAUUGGACGAAUGCUGGCAAGGAGCAAUUGGACUGGCUGUUUAGUGUAGACAUCGAUCGCGACGUCGAGGACUUGAUCAAGACACUGAAUGCCUAG